AUGUCGCUAUCGCAAUCACAACUACGAUUAAUCUCAAGUAUUGGUAUUGGGAUACUGGUCGGCACGUCUCUGAUAGUUAUCAUACCGGAAGGAAUUGCUGCGAUCACGGAAGCUUCAUUGACGUCGCAUUCGCAUGGCCUGCGACGAGACAUCCAUCUGGGAGGAAACAACAUUGAAGUCCGCUGGGCUCCACAGAGUGGAAAGGAACCCCAUGAAGUUAUCGGCAUGCCUAAGGACGUAGUCGAUACGUACGAGGCAAGUCCUGAGCCCGUCAUCCCACCGGAAGGGGAAACUCUCGACACUCCAGAACCGAUCAAGGUCAUAAAUCGCAUUGAGGACCCUCCAACCAUGACAGAUACCGAUGGUAUGGAUGCAGAGCCAGUGCCUACUUUCUACGUCGGCCUUUCUCUGAUAUUAGGGUUCGUCCUUAUGUUUCUCAUCGAUAGACUCCCACGGCAUGCUUCAGAGAACUUUCAGCCGCCGCCCACGCCGAGACAUAUUAGCCUAAGCAACCUGGGGGGUUCGGCGCUUUCUGGGGACGAAGAAGAGGAGUCGGAAGGCUUCCUCGGUUCCUUAACACCAACACCGAAGCAGUCGCGGAGUCUGGCGACGACAACAGGACUGGUGAUACAUGCAGCAGCCGACGGCAUUGCCAUGGGCGCGUCUGCUUCCUCGUCAGACAUGCAGUUGGGCUUCAUUAUCUUCAUUGCAAUCAUGGUGCAUAAAGCUCCAGCAGCAUUUGGCCUGACCUCGAUUUUGUUGAAGCAGGGUCUGUCGAAACGGGCGGCUAGAGGCCACCUCAUAGUAUUCAGCCUGGCAUCUCCCUUUGGAGCCUGGUCAACUUUUAUACUUGUGAAACUUCUUGGAGGGGGCGGUAGUCCUGGGGACGACAGCCAAUGGAAUCAGUGGUGGACAGGCAUGCUGUUGUUGUUCUCGGCAGGGACGUUUCUGUACGUUGCCAUGCAUGCGAUGCAGGAGGGCGACUCCGUGUCAUCCCAUGAUGGUGGCUCCGGGUCCAACGGUUACGCUGAAAGUCCCAACCCAUCUCAAAGAAAGCAGGCCAGACCUCAGAUGCGAGAUACGCUCGCAUCGGUGGCUGGAAUGUUACUUCCACUUCUCACGCAAUUUGGUCAUCAUCAUUAG